CCGCCGCGCCGGGAUGCGGCACCCGCCGUCCCCUCUCCCUCCCCUCGCCCCCUCCUCCUAUCGCGACUCUCGCCCCCUCCUCCCGUCGCGACUCUCGCCAUGGGCUGGCAAGCCGAGCGCGACAAAGUGGUGAUCAACGUCGGCGGCGUCCGCCAUGAGACCUACCGCAGCACCCUGCAGACGCUGCCCGGCACCCGCCUGGCCGGCCUGGCCGAACCGGGCGCCGCCGCCCGCUUCGAUUACGAUGCCGGCAACGGCGAAUUCUUCUUCGACCGCCACCCCGCCGUGUUCGCCUACGUGCUCAACUACUACCGCACCGGCAAGCUGCACUGCCCGGCCGACGUGUGCGGGCCGCUCUUCGAGGAGGAGCUCGCCUUCUGGGGCAUCGACGAGACGGACGUGGAGGCUUGCUGCUGGAUGAAUUACCGGCAGCACCGCGACGCCGAGGAGGCCCUGGACAGCUUCGAGAGCCCCGAGGGGCCCGGCCCGCCCGAACCGGCCGAGCCCAAGCGGCUGUGCCUGGAGGAGGGCCGGCAGGCCAGCUGGUGGCGGCGGUGGCGGCCCAAGCUCUGGGCGCUCUUCGAGGAUCCCUACUCGUCCAGGAUGGCCAGGUACGUGGCCUUCGCCUCGCUCUUCUUCAUCCUCAUCUCCAUCACCACCUUCUGCCUGGAGACGCACGAGGCCUUCAACCGCGUCAUCAACAAGACGGAGACGGUGACCACGGGCAACGAGACGGGCACGCAGGUGGCCGUGGAGGUGGAGACCGAGCCCUUCCUCACCUACGUCGAGGGGCUCUGCGUGGUCUGGUUCACCUUCGAGUUCCUCAUGCGCGUCAGCUUCUGCCCGGACAAGCGCGACUUCAUCAAGAGCAGCCUCAACAUCAUCGACUUCGUGGCCAUCUUGCCUUUCUACCUGGAGGUCGGCCUGCGGGGCUUGUCCUCCAAGGCGGCCAAGGACGUGCUGGGCUUCCUGCGCGUCGUGCGCUUCGUGCGCAUCCUCAGGAUCUUCAAGCUCACGCGCCACUUCGUGGGGCUGCGCGUGCUGGGCCACACGCUGCGCGCCAGCACCAACGAGUUCCUGCUCCUCGUCAUCUUCCUCGCCCUCGGCGUGCUCAUCUUCGCCACCAUGAUCUACUACGCCGAGAGCAUCGGCGCCGACCCCGACGACGUCACCGGCUCGCGCCACACCUACUUCAAGAACAUCCCCAUCGGCUUCUGGUGGGCCGUGGUGACCAUGACCACGCUGGGCUACGGCGACAUGUACCCCAUGACGUGGUCGGGCAUGCUGGUGGGCGCCCUGUGCGCGCUGGCCGGCGUGCUCACCAUCGCCAUGCCCGUGCCCGUCAUCGUCAACAACUUCCGCAUGUACUACUCGCUGGCCAUGGCCAAGCAGAAGCUGCCCAAGAAGAAGAACAAACACAUCCCCAGGCCGCCCCAGCCCGGUUCGCCCGGCUACGGCUCGCCGGUCGGGCCCCAACGCCGCCGGGAGCCCUCGGCGCCGGGCGCCGCCUGUCCCCUGGCCCAGGAGGAGGUGGUGGAGAUCAACCGUGCAGAGUCCCGGCCGAACGGCGAGGCGGGCCGCGCGGCGCUGGCGCAGGAGGAUUGCCCCCCCAUCGACCAGCCCCUGUCCCCCGAGGAGCGCGGCGCGGGCGGCGCCCCCCAGAGCGCGCCCGGGGGCGGCCGCGAGCGCUGCGGCCGGGACCGAGCGUGCUUCCUGCUGGGGCCCGACUACGCGCCGCCCCCCGAGGGACCCCUGCGCAAAGGCUACGAGAAGUCGCGGAGCCUCAACAGCAUCACGGGGGUGCGGGUGGCCCCCGCCGCCCCCUUCAGCUCCCCCAGCCCCCCCCGGCGCCCCCGCUCCCCAAUCCCCUCCAUCCUCUGA